CAGGACACGGCAUCGUCUGAACCUGGACCAUGGGCGGCCUCAACUCGAGGCGACAAGAAAGCGUGACAAAUGUUGCAAUUCAGCGAUUCAGGCGAGUUGUCGGAAGUUAAAGAGUUCCGACCUUGACGCUCGCCACCUACAGUGGCCGAUUCAUCAAGACACUGCUGCUACACUAGAGGCUAUUUCGGAACACCGGACAGCCGCUGACGGGGGCUCGGGGUUCGAGCAGUUGAACGACUCCCCAUACCAAACAUACCUCUAUACAUGCUGCUGAAUCAUCACGAUAUCUAGGUUGUCUCGCUUGUCAAUCCGAACCCCGCAUUGACGGGGCUGUGCAUUUGUACACUAUGGUAGGGAUUGGAUGUUCCUGAGCUCUCCCGUGGCUUCUAUCGAUGUGUGGUUUGGAAUCCGCUGCUGCCUCUACACUAUUCAGUGGUGUGUUCCUCUGGUGUUCCCCGGCGUGUCGUUCGCAAACCGCAAGUCUUGGCAUCAUAUCCGCUGUUUACAUCAUACCGGACGUUGGUCUACUUUCAGUCGCAACGCCACCCUCGUCAAGCUGCCUCAACAACUGGGACCCCUACGCAGGUGCAUUGGUUAGUCUUAUAGAUAAACACCAACACCUUCACAAUACCAAGUUUGCCCUCUCCGUACUUUCUAUUCAAAAAUAAUCCUUUCGCAUUUCGCAUCUGUUGGACUCGGCGCAGUUCUGCCACCUGGGAGUUAGUUACCACGAGAUACUUAUUCUACAGUACAUAUAUAAAGCAACCCCCCCCCCCCCCCG